AUGCAGAAGAUGAACUGGGAGGAAAAAACCAUCUUGGUCUACCUUCUUGUUCUUGCCAUUGGUGUGACCCUGUCCAAUGCUGCUUGCUUCUUAGAGCCAUUGAAGCCAGGAGUGUCUGAUGGUGAGAUUGUAGGCUGCAGUGACUCGAAUGGAGAGCUGCAUGAAUUUGGUUCCAGCUGGAGGACUACAGACUGCAAUGAUUGCUCCUGUGACAGGAGUGGAAUCAGCUGCUGCUCCAGCUUUGUAACACCAGUUGACUACGAUGAAGAGAAGUGUGUAAGCAUUUUCAACAAUGAGACCUGUACUUACAAAGUAGUGGAGAAAGAUAAUCACUCAAAAGAAUGUCCAGUCCGUGGGUGGGUGGGCUAA